AUGCCCGUAAAUGUUGAACAAAUACCAGGACUCAACACUCUUGGUAUCUCCUUAGCUCGUAUUGAUUUUGGUUCGUAUGGCCUCAAUCCACCCCAUACCCACCCUCGUGCCACCGAAAUCCUUGUUGUCUUGGAGGGUACCCUCUAUGUUGGCUUUGUCACUUCCAAUUUGAACCCUGGCAACCGCCUCUUCACCAAAGUCUUACAUGCAGGAGAUGUCUUUGUAUUUCCCCAGGGUCUCAUUCACUUCCAAUUUAACCCGGAAAAAACUAAUGCAAUUGCUUUUGCCGGUUUAAGCAGCCAAAAUCCUGGAGUCAUCACUAUUGCAAACGCAGUCUUUGGCUCGACACCACCCAUUUCUGUUGAUGUCCUUACCAAGGCAUUCCAAGUGGACAAAAACGUUGUUGAGUAUCUUCAGAAACAAUUCUGGUGGGACAACAACAACUAG